AUGGGCAAGCGUGGCGCAGACAGCCUGCCCCUAGAAGAAGAGUGCAUUCGAUACCCCGACGGACGAACCCUCAUCUUCCGCCCCAACGAGACCCACAUCGACAACCCGCCUGUAAGGGCGACGGCGGCCCAGUUGGCCAGAAGAAAGAUUGCUCAACCAGCGAGACCCAGCCGUUGUCGCGGAGCUUCGCCUGCAAUGGCAGCACCCCCAAACAACAACGCCAUGCCACCAUUCUCCUCCAACAAUGCCUUCGGGCAAUCUUCGACCAACAACGUCUUCGGGCAAUCCUCGACCAACAACGCCUUCGGGCAACCCAGUCAACAGUCCAACGGACAAGCUAUCGACGCGAACGACCUUAAGGCUGUCGUGCGUUCUAAGUUCGGUGCUUUCAAUUUGGAGGACAAACCACAACCAUCCGGCCCAUCUAAUGGCAUGUCCGGCAUGUUCAGCUUCGGCUCAUCUUUCGGUUCCAACCAGCAGCAAGGCACCGCUUCAUCAUUUGGAGGAUUUGGACAGGGUCAGCAGGAUACCAUCACGCCAGCAACUGCGGCGACCAGCACCUUUGGCAGCUUCGGCAAGCCUCAAGAGCAGAACGGCGCAAGCUUGUUUGGACAACCGCAACAGAGCAGUGGAUUUGGCAGCUUCGGCAAGCCUCAAGAGCAGAACAGCGCAAGCUCAUUUGGACAACCGCAACAGAGCAGUGGAUUCGGCAGCUUCGGCAAGCCUCAAGAGCAGAACGACGCAAGCUCAUUUGGACAACCACAACAGAGUGACGGAUCCGGGCUCAGCGAGCAGAAGAAGCUGCCUACAUUCGGGCUAAGCCAGCAGCAAGAGCAGCCUGCAGCACAGCAGUCAAAGCCUCGCGAUCCUCCCCGUCGUGUCGUGUCACAGCCGUCAAGCAUUACAAUGAUCCACCAGCCACUGCAGAAUGGAACACAGACUCCAGCGGCGAGCACGCACGGUCCCAUACCACGACAAGCAGCUCAGCCAAAUGGCGAGCAGAAGGGCCUUUUUGGCGCACCCACACCACGACCACAAGCUCAGUCAAAUGGCGAGCAGAAGGGCCUUUUUGGCGCACCCACACCACGACCACAAGCUCAGUCAAAUGGCGAGCAGAAGGGCCUUUUUGGCGCACCCACACCACGACCACAAGCUCAGUCAAAUGGCGAGCAGAAGGGCCUUUUUGGCGCACCCACACCACGACCACAAGCUCAGUCAAAUGGCGAGCAGAAGGGCCUUUUUGGCGCACUCACACCACCACCAGCCCAGCCAAAUGGCGAGCAGAAGGGCCUAUUCAGCGCACCCACAUCACAACAACCAGCUCAGUCAAAUGGCGAGCAGAAAGGCCUUUUUGGUGCUACCAUAGGACCGUUCGAACCCCCAAAGAACGGUGGCAGCGUCUUCGACGAUUACAACAACAGGCCACCCAGAAAGAGCAGUUUCGUCUUCACCUCCUCCGACCCAUCUCAAAUCUAUCAGCCGAAGAAGAAGAACCACGCCAGUGACAACAACGACGAGCAGGCCAUGGAGGAAGACGACGACGAGCAGGGUGUGGAGGACGACAACGACGAGCAAGCCAUGGAGGAUGAUACCGACAAGCAGGCCGCAGAGUCGCGCGUUGUGGGAAAGCUCGGCGGUCCUCUUUUCCUUCCAAGCACCAACUCCUCUUUUCCACCGAUCAACUCUGAGUCGCCUGCAACGAAAUCACGGUCAAUAUUUGAUCGCAUGGAUCCAGCCGAUCGAGCCAAGCUUGGAAGUCCAAAGACUGCGGCUGUACCCCAAAAGUCGCUUCUCAGCAAGGAGCCGGAGACUCCUGCUGCUACUCCACUUUCGGCAGAGAGCGCUGCCCCGAAGCCACGUUCGCUGUUCGACCGCAUGGAGCCUGCUGCUACUGCACCUUCGGCAGAGAACUCUACCCCGAAGCCUCGUUCGCUGUUCGACCGCGUGCAGCCUGCUGAUCAGGCAAAGGUCAUUGCUUUAAGCAACGCCGGCUCUCCACAGAAGUCGAAGGCAUUCGAUACUUCCGCAACCUCCCAACCAUCUACUCUCCUCGCAACGCAGGAUGAUGCGACCAAGGAGUCUUCACCAUUCCCAAAACCCGCGUCUCAACCAUCAUCAGAACUAUUUGCGCCUGCCACCCCACAGCCAGCUGCGCCGACUGCCUUCAAGGUACCAGUCGCAGCACCACUUGCAAGCGCUGCAGCACCGUCUGCACCGCUCUCCGGCAAGACACCAGAGACUGCAGCAACCUCCCAGCCAUCCACCCUCCUCGCAACGCAGAAUGAUGCGGCCAAGGAGUUUUCACCAUUCCCAAAACCCGCGUCUCAGCCAUCACCAGAACUAUUUGCGCCGGCCACCCCACAGCCAGCUGCGCCGACUGCAUUCAAGGUACCAGUCACAGCACCACCUACACGCGCUGCAGCACCGUCUGCGCCGCUCCCUAAAUUCAAGACAACUGGUCCAUCGGUAGCGGCCGAGGAACUAUCUCCGGAGCAGCAAGCGAGGUUGAAGUCUCUCAACGAUGGCCUAUUGGCACACCUGAGGACACAAGUUCUUGAGCAAGACUGGACUCCCAUCUUCCAAUACUACACGGAGCAAGCUGCGAAGAUUCGUGGCGUUGAACUCCCUCCAGCGCCGACCAGCUCGGCCACUCAACCUCAUAAUGACCUCUUCUCCAAGCCAGCAGCGCCCAAGGCGACAGAGACCGCCACGGCAUCAGCAGCUGGAAAGAAGCGACCCUUCAUAGAAGAGGGUGACGAUGAGCCUGCACAAACGCUUGGCUCUGAGAAGCGCAGCAAGCUGAACGACUCUUUCUCCAAGCUGUCUGAGACCAGCUCGGCCUCUCAAGCCACAGGAGCUGCACCCGCCAUGAAAGCUGUAUCCGCCACGACACCAGCAGCUGGAAACAAGCGACCUUUCACAGAAGACGAUGACGAUGACCCUGCACAAACGCCUGGCUCUGAGAAGCGCAGCAAGCUCAACGAAUCAUCUUCCAAGCCGUCUGAGACCACGACCAGCGCCGCAGAACUGUUCUCGUCCAGCUUCAACAAGUCCGCAUCCACCACAACGCCUGCAGCUUCGUCUGCCGCUGAGGCUAGCAAGCUUGCUCCUGGCGUGACUACCGACGGCGAGGCAUCCAGCACUGCCGACGGAGACCCUAGCGACGAGAAGCAAGAUCCUCAAAUUGAGGUGGACAUGACGGCAUUAUUGCCUGCGGAGAGAGAUGCCAACGAGGUACUCAUGGAAUUCAACCACAUCCAGAGCAAGAAGCUCGUCACCGGCGAGGACGGGAAGUCGAAGUGGGACGUUAUUGGUGAGGGCCGCGCCUACCUCCUCAAGCACAAAGAGACGGGUAAGAUCCGCAUGCUUCAGAAGGUCGGCCUCGGUCAGCUCGCCCUUAAUUUCGAGCCCAUCAAGGGCAUGUCGUACGGGCUCUACCCCACCAAGAACACCAUGGUGAAUACGGUCUUCCAAGACCAUAUUCACUGCAACCCACCGAAGCUGGAGCGGUUCUACCUCGUCACUGAGACUGCCAACCAGGCGGAAGAGUUGGUGGACCUUCUGCAAGAGGCCGCGCGUCGAUGA